AUGGAUACUUCUAUACAAAAGAACCAUCAACUUGGGAUGUUUUCUCUUAAUGAUCCAGAAGUUGAUCCUACUCGUUACAAGGCCAUGAUAGGUUCCUUGAUGUAUCUUACAUCAUCAAGACCGGAUAUCAUGUUUGCGGUUUGUUUGUGUGCUCGUUAUCAGUCCUAUCCCAGUGAAAGCCAUAUGAAAACUGUUAAGCGGAUUCUUCGUUACCUCAAAGGGCAACCAGUGCUUGGUCUUUGGUAUUUGAUUGGGGGAGAGUUUGAGUUCGUCGCUUAUACAGAUGCUGACUAUGGCGGCUGCAACUUUGAUAGGAAAUCGACUUCAGGUGGAUGUCAGUUCCUAGGGGGAAACUGGUGUCUUGGCAAUGUAAAAAGCAGAGUUCUAUUGCAAUCUCGUCUUGCGAAGCGGAAUACAUGGUAG